UUUUUUUUUUGUUGCUGUAGACCAAUCUUGAGGCCAGUGCCUUUAAUAGAUUGAAUAUUUAUUGAAUGUGGAAAAGAAAUGUUACUUUCUCUCUUUUAUCCAUUUUCUGUAGUACGAAAGUAAAUUUGCCUUUGCAAGCGUUAUUCAUAUUUUAAUAUAAAUGCAAUUAUAUUUCUUUAAAUACAGUUAUCAUCUGACAGAAGGUUUGACAAAAAUAGUGUUAUCAUAUUUUAAACUUAUUUUGAUAAAAGGGGUAUAAAGUAAUUUACAAACGGAUAAACAUUUUGUACUAAGUUGAGGUUCUAUUUGUAAUCAUGUCGGGAAAAGCAAGUGAAGCAAACGCUCUGGAAGCAAAACGUACAGGUCAACGAUUGUCCGUUGUGGCAUCCAUUCUUGUCACAGAACUAUGUGAACGUUUGGCGUAUUAUAGUGUUGUGGCAAACAUGGUAUUAUAUUGUACUGCAAAGUUGGAUUACAAUAGUGACCAAGCUUCAAUUAUAACUCUCGUCUUCUCUGGGACAGUCUGUCUGAUCCCAGUUAUUGGCGGCUAUGUGUCUGAUACUUUCGCUGGAAAGUUUAAAACUAUUCUCGGCUCUUGUAUCAUCUAUGUUACAGGUCUGGUCCUGCUUUUCUGCUCGGCUGUUAACUAUGUAAGCUGGUUUGGGAGCGAAGUCGCUACUGGCGUACGCAGACGUUUAUUUUUCUCUGGUCUUGUACUUGUUGCAUUAGGAACAGGAGGGAUAAAGGCCAAUGUGGGACCGUUUGGAGCACAACAGGUUGCUGAACUUGGAGCAGACGCCGUGCAGUCUUUCUUCAACUGGUUUUACUGGGUUAUCAACUUGGGAGCUUUGAUUGCGUAUUCCGGGACAGCCUAUGUUCAACAAGAGAUUGAUUUCGACUACGGCUUCCUUAUACCCCUCGCCAGUAUGGUUAUAGCCCUUGUAUUGUUUAUUGCUGCCAGAACUAAGUACAUACAGACACCUCCAGGAGGAAGCAUACUUCAAACAUCAUGUGGUGUGUUAUGCCAGAGUAUUAAUGGUUGCAAAGACCCUUCCUGGAAUCGCGCACAAGUGGAAAAUGGUGGACGCUACAGUUUGAAAAUGGUCGCAGGAGUCAAAUCUAUUUUGCGCGUCAUGCCAGUCUUCCUACUUCUCAUUAUAUACUGGGCAGUCUAUUCGCAGACGAGUACUUCUUUGUAUCUACAAAGCGAAAGAAUGGACCUGGCGGUCGGAGACGCAAAAAUGCCAGCAGCUGUACUAAACAUUUUCAAUACGAUAACUAUUUCGAUUCUUGUACCUUUAAUGGACCGGCUAGUUUAUCCUGUAAUGGCAAGAUAUGGUAAAAACCCAACACAUUUACAGAGAAUAGGAGUAGGAAUAAUACUAGCAGGUUUAUCAAUGGUGUAUGCUGGUGUGCUAGAAAUAGUUCGCAAGAAAAACAUAGCAAACCACGGCUACAUAAGCCAGACUCUUGCUGGCGACGAAUUCCAAGCAUCACAUUUGUCCAUGUUCGCCCAGAUUCCCGAAUUUGCCUUUAUUGGCUCUAGUGAAGUGUUUGCGAGUAUUUCAGGUCUGGAGUUUGCAUAUACACAAGCACCGCAGAUUAUGCAGGGACUUAUUAUGGGUUUGUUUCUGAUGACUUCCGGCAUAGGAAGUUAUCUUGCGUCAGCAAUUGUUGCCAUAGUAGGAUUAUGGAGAAAAGACGAUGCAUCCGACUGGUUCCCAAAGGAACCCAACCAUGGCCAUCUAGAGUACAUGCUGUUCAUGCUAGCAGUCCUAACUGGAAUAAGCUUCUUUGUUUUCGUGUUUGUUGCUAAACAGUAUGAAUAUAAGAUGCCCGAAGUGGAUACUGAGACAGAUAUCCAUAUCUACCAAGAAGCGGAUAUUGAGGCAGAUACCCAGACCUAUCAAGAAGCGGGUAUUAAGACAGAUAGCCAUACCUAUCAAGAACUGGAUAUUGUAACAGAUACCCAUGCCGAUAAAGAAGCGGGUAUUAAGACAGAUACCGUUACCAAUCAAAAGGUGGAUAUUGAGACAGAUACAGAAACCUAUCAAGAAGCGGAUAUUGAGACAGAUAAUCAAACCUAUCAAGAACUGGAUAUUGCGACAGAUAUCCAUACCUAUCAGAAUUCAGACGUUUAGUCACACGGAAUGAACAAUCUGCAUAUAGCACAACAUUCCCUGCUUAUCAAAACAGUGCAUAUCAAUUAGACAUAGAAAUCGUGCAACCUGGAUUUUCAGAAACGGCAAGUCUGUGAUAAGAGACUGAAAAUAUACCUGAAGCUUGUUACACCGAGCACUGUACGUAAAUCUAUACAUGACGUAUGACCUACAAUCUGAAACUUGCAAUUUUAAAACACGUACAACUAAUGUCUACAUUACCUCAUUAUAUAUUACUACUCCCAUAACUUUAAGUGAUGUAACUAUGCAGUAGAGGAAAAUAACAAUAUAGGUUUAAGACACACAAAAAGCACAUGAAACUAUGUAGGUUAUCGUGAAGUUUGACAAGACAAUCGAUUUGUUAUAAAUGCUGUACAGUUUGAUGCAAACUCGCAAUUACUUUGUAUUUCAAUUUUUCUCAAAUUACUAGUAUAAAAAUGCUUCAAUUCUGGGUAUCUGAAUAAUACAUUGGUUAACAACGUUAAAAUACAUACCUACAUUUAAAUAACUGCGUUAAGAGAACACAACUUCUAAUAAAAUAAUAAAAACAUA